AUGCGAUACACUAUCAUCAGCUCUCUUCUGGCAGCACCGUUGCUUGCCCUUGCACAAUUCCCACCACCUGUCGAAUACUCGAACAUUCUAAGGUCGCCCAUCAAUGAGAACAUCACCAUCGCGUACAAAACUCCACCUGCCGGAACCUGUACCACCGCGUUUAGCACUCAGAAGCAGUUCACUGGCUACAUCGGUCUGCCACCCUUCACGCUGCAGCCGAUACAGCAAAACUACUCGAUCAACACCUUCUUCUGGUUCACCGAAGCAAGACAAAAUCCCGAGACAGCCCCUCUGACUAUCUGGAUCAAUGGAGGUCCCGGAAGCAGUAGCAUGAUUGGCAUGUUUGCUGAGAACGGUCCAUGUGAGGUCAUCCAGAUGCCAGACGGGUCUUACGGCACUCAAGCACGCAUGUGGGGUUGGGACAGAAGCUCCAAUGUUCUAUUCAUCGACCAGCCGGCUCAGGUUGGACUAUCCUACGACACUCUCACCAACAUGACCUAUGAUCUCUUCGGAGACAGAUAUUAUCCGCUUGAUGGAACGGUCAACAUCCCUGACAACGAAGAAGGCACACCUGAUUACGCGUUCAUGAAUGGAACAUUUGGCUCAGGCGAUCCUUCGUCGACCAGCAACACCACCGACAUAUCGGCAAGAGCUGCAUGGCAUUUCCUCCAGAGCUUUCUAUCCGCAUUUCCACAGUACAAUCCUGGUGUUCAACCAAACAGUUCCAACGUCGCGACCACCGGUGUCAACCUUUUCGCCGAAAGUUAUGGUGGCACAUAUGGUCCAACUUUUGCCAACUACUUUGAGGAACAGAACAGAAAACGCGAGAACGGCACCAUACCCAAAAACUCGACUCUGGAAAUCAAGCUCACAUCUCUGGGUAUCGUGAACGGCCUGAUCGAUUCGUUGAUCCAAGACUACUAUUAUGCUACCUUUGCCUAUAACAACACGUACGGCGUUCAGACAAUCUCGCAAACAGACGAGCUCAAUUUGAUCGAGUCAUACAACAAUGAGUGCAGCAGAGAGACGAUCCAGUGUCGCACAGUCGCCAAUGCAUCCGAUCCGGAAGGUGAAGGCGACAGCCAACAGGCCAACAUGGCUUGCGUCAAAGCCUUGUAUGACUGCAAUGGCUUGAUGGGCCCUUUUCAGAGAAAUAACCUCAGCGUUUAUGAUAUUCGUGUCGAAAAUCCCUCACCAGAUCCGCCCAACGCCUAUCUGGAAUACCUGAACACGGCAUCGGUGCAAAAAGCUAUCGGUGCUCGCGUCAACUACACCACUAGCAGUAAUGCAGUCUUCAACGCCUUCAUCAGGACGGGAGAUUCGAUGCGCGGUGGCCAGAUCCAAGAGAUUGCCAACCUUCUCCGUGCUGGCGUGCGCGUGUCGCUGAUGUAUGGCGACGCUGACUACAUUUGCAAUUGGAAAGGUGGCGAGGCUGCUUCUUUUGCCGUCGCGGCUGCCCUCGCAGAUUUUCCUUCGAACAGUUCAAAAUCCUCGUAUCUUUCUGGCUGGAACAGUGCGGGCUAUGCAGAUAUUGUUGUCAACACUACAUACGUUGGUGGAGCUGUACGCCAGUUUGGCAACUUCUCGUUCAGCAGAAUCUACGACGCUGGUCACACGGUACCGUUCUACCAACCAGAGACAGCCUUUACCGUCUUUACUCGCAUCAUCGAUGGCACCGACCUUAGCACGGGAGAGGCGGUUGAUCUGAGAAACUUCACGUCGUCAGGACCCAUGAACUCGACGCAUACAAACUCGCCACUAGCCAAGCAGCCCGAGCCUACAUGCUGGAUCAGAGCAAUUCACGACACAUGCUCGGCUGAGCAGAUUGAAGAGAUGCAAGAUUCCAAGGGCAUUGUGGCAGCAGGAAUCUGGUACUCGAACUCGAAGGAGUAUGUUGCACCCAGCAGUACGGUGACGGCAGGCAAGCCUGGCACGCCAGUAACUCAAUCAUCAAGUUCAAAGUCUAGCAGUAGCACGUCGACGGUGGCACUGACAGGAGUGUUUACUGCGACUGCGACUCCCAGUCCGAGUCAAGGGGGCGCCGGAGAGGUCAGAGCUAUGCACAAGUGGAUUCAGAGUCUGCUUGUAUUGUGUGUAUUGACUGUGGUGAUGUGA